UUACGUGACCGAAACACACACACUCUCACUCACUUAUCAACAGUGUUCCAUAGCUUAACUUUUGUUAAGCCUUUCUUUAAUAUUUUAAGAAUGGAUCACGCAACUCUAGCCUUGGUUCUUGCCAUUUGGUUCAUUCUUUUUCAUUUCAUUAAAAUGUUAUUUAAUACACAAACUAAAAAACUUCUUCCUCCAGGUCCUAAACCACUUCCCAUAAUUGGAAACAUUCUCGAAGUUGGUGAGAAACCUCAUCAAUCAUUUGCUAAUCUCGCUAAGAUUCACGGUCCUCUAAUAUCUUUACGUCUAGGAAGUGUCACAACUAUUGUUGUAUCCUCAGCUGAAGUUGCCAAAGAAAUGUUUCUAAAAAAAGAUUACCCUCUUUCUAAUCGUACUAUACCUAAUUCCGUCACGGCAGGCGACCACCAUAAACUCACCAUGUCGUGGUUGCCGGUCUCCCCAAAGUGGCGGAACUUUCGAAAGAUCACAGCCGUUCAUUUACUAUCUCCCCAACGACUUGAUACUUGCCAAAGUCUAAGGCAUGCUAAAGUACAACAGCUUUUUCAGUACGUACAAGAAUGUGCUGAAAAGGGGGAAGCUGUUGAUAUUGGCAAGGCUGCAUUUACUACUUCCCUUAAUUUGUUAUCGAAAUUGUUUUUCUCAGUAGAAUUAGCUUACCAUAAAUCCCACAAUUCCCAACAAUUCAAAGAGCUUAUUUGGAACAUUAUGGAAGAUAUUGGGAAGCCUAAUUAUGCUGAUUAUUUUCCAAUUUUAGGCUGUUUAGACCCAUCAGGUAUUCGACGCCGAUUGGCGUCUAAUUUUGACAAGUUGAUUGCUGUUUUCCAAGGUAUUAUCACUCAAAGGCUUUCCCGUAGUGAUUCUACAACCACCGCAGCAACGGCGCCGGCGACAGCGACGGAUGAUGUGCUAGACAUUCUUCUAGACCUCCACAAACAUAAUGAGCUCAGUAUGGGCGAGAUAAAUCAUCUCCUCGUGGAUAUUUUUGAUGCUGGAACUGACACAACGUCGAGUACUUUUGAAUGGAUAAUGGCAGAGUUAAUUCGAAAUCCUAAGAUGAUGAAAAAGGCUCAAGAAGAAAUUGAGCAUGUCUUAGGAAAGGAUAAAAAAAUUCAGGAAUCAGACUUUAUUAAAUUACCUUACUUGCAAGCAAUUAUUAAGGAAACAUUGCGGCUACAUCCACCAACAGUAUUUCUUCUACCCCGUAAAGCUGACAUUGAUGUUGAACUGUAUGGAUAUAUUGUGCCUAAAGAUGCACAAAUUCUUGUUAAUUUAUGGGCCAUUGGAAGAGAUCCUCAAGCAUGGAGAAAACCCGAGGUGUUUUUACCCGAUAGGUUUUUGGGAUCUAAAAUAGAUGUGAAAGGAAGAGACUUUGGACUCUUACCUUUUGGAGCUGGAAGAAGGAUUUGUCCUGGAAUGAAUUUGGCUAUUAGAAUGUUAACUUUAAUGUUAGCUACUCUACUCCAAUUUUUCAAUUGGAAACUUGAAGAAGGUAUGAAUCCGGAAGAUCUAGAUAUGGAUGAGAAAUUUGGGAUUGCUUUACAAAAGACUAAGCCUCUUAAAAUUAUUCCAGUCCUUAGGUAUUGAUUGAGCAUCAAUGGGUGUUUAUAUUUGAAUGUGUUGUUAGUCAAUUUAUUAUGUAAUUGUUUAUCUCCAAAAGUUCAUGUUUGUUUUAAUUAUUAAAUUAUGUUUAUGUCAAAUGUUAUUUUAUGUAAUUUCCAUUUACUUUUGGGUUCAAACUCUUAUUCAUUUCGCUUGUAUAAUUUUAUGCUCU